UCCUGGGCCCUCUGCCUAUUGUCUAAGUGAUAAGCUGUGUGUUGCCUCCAUCUCCUCCCUGUCUCCCUUUGCCACAUCUGUAUCGGCCCUGAAUCCAGAUUGUGAAGAUGGAAGGGGUCCAGCCCCUAGAAGAGAAUGUGGAACACACACCAAGGCCGAGGUUUGAAAGGAGUAAGCUAUUGCUGGUGGCCUCCGUAAUUCAGGGACUGGGGCUGCUCCUGUGCCUCACCUACGUCUGCCAGCACUUCCGUGCUUCUCAGGUGUCCCUCCAGUUCGCUCCCAUUGAAAGUAUCCAAGCACGACUACAAACCUUAUCACCGCAUGGGUGUGAAAACAACUUCAUCAUCACACUCUUAAAAACUUAUGGAAACAUGGAAGUGCAGAACAAAUCAGUCAUCAUCCGGUGUGAUGGGUUUUAUCUCAUUUCACUGAAGGGUUAUUUCUCUCAGGAAGUCAACAUCAACCUCCAUUAUCGGAAGGGUGCGGAACCAUUCCCAAUCCUGAAAAAGUCCAAGUUUGCCAACUCCAACGUGGUGUUAAGAUUGGGUUACAAAGACAAAGUCUACUUGAAUGUGACCACUGACAGUAACUCCUGUAAGCAGCUCAACGUGAAUGCCGGGGAACUAUUUGUCAUCCAUCAAAAUCCCGGUGGUUACUGUGCUCCGUAAGGAUCUCAUGGACGCUCCGAAAACCAGACACCAGACACGCCAAGCUAGGGGUGCACAGGACAGAGCUCUCCCUGUGUUUGGAAGAACUGCUCCAGCUCAGUCACCUGUGGCAUCACUGGAAGCAACUGCCUCUCGUGACCCCCACCUCAGGGAUGUUUAAAACUUAUUUGCAUGUCAGUAAACCUUAUCAUUCUGUCCUCCAAAUCCCUAACCUUCAUUUUCCUGCAUGGC